CACCGCCUGUUCUCCACAGUAACUGCAAGCGUGCACCUGCGGCAUGACGGGAGAACAAUAUUUGGUGCAUGCGAGCUGCACCGCUCGCUCAGGCACUUGUGUAAAAGGAAGCUUUGUUGAGCACCCAGCGCAUGGUAAACACAAUUUGUUUGAGCCCUUCCUCCUAUCUGUUGUUUGUUUAAGGGCGCAGUCGCGAAAGAACGCCCCCCCCCCCCCGACCCCCCUGGCCUUGGCCAUAUUACUUAAUUUUAAUAGGAGGAGAGGACAAGAGGAAGCGGUGUCCUGCAGCCGACGUCCUGUAUUCAAAUCAUGGCUGCAGUGUUUUAUCUGACCCCCCCCCCCUCACCGAUGCCUUGAAACGUCUCUUUCUGCCUCUAGAUGAAGUGCAUAACUGUGCCGUGUGGACAGAUUGUGAGUGGGAAUGAAAUCACCCCCCCUCCCAGUUACCCUGCUAAUUGCUGGAGGUUGGUCACAGCCCGUAGGGUUGAGAUGCGAGGCUCCUUCCGUGGUGGGGUGGGGGCGGGCAGGAACAAGUGUCUUGUCUGCACAGUGUGGGACGUGUACGCGCUCCCUUUGCCGGGGACUGUGACUUUGGGGGGGGGUGUCCCGCCAGCGAAGUCAAAGGCGACAAACUAGGGAGGGGGUGCGAACCCAGUGACGUCCCAUUCCCCCCGGCCACUGCCUGACUCUGCUAUACAACAGGAAGUACUCGCUGUCUCUGUGUUUCCUGUCCUCAAGAAAAGUAUCGGUCUCUCUCCGUUCACUCUUUAUCGGUGUUACCCCCCCGCCAACCCCCUUCCAAAUAGUCGCCGUAGGUUUCCGCACCAGCUGAGACCUACUUUCAUGUCCAUACUCCGCUGACAGCCGGUGCUCGAGCAUCGCCUCCACAGUUAAUGUCUCUACCGCGCUCCCGUCGGCCAAUCAGCACGCAGGUGUUUAUGCCGAGGAAAUAUGAUCGUUUUCUCUCUCUCUCCCUCUGUCUCUCUGCCCUCCCCCUAGCGAGCUGGGUUAGUGGCAGAGAGCGAGCGAGCAAAAGGAGGAGAGAGCGUGAGAGUGAGGGCUGUGGAUGGCAGAGACAGAGCAGUUCGCUUCGUGGAGGCUGUUUCGGCGUCUAUCCGAGAUGCUUUUUCCUGUGACCUGGAUGCCGGAGCUGUGAUUGGGGUUUUUUUCUCUUUUUUUUCCGUCCGCACCCCCAGAAGCAGCCUCCGCUUUCUCCCCCCCGCCAACCCCCUUUCUGUUCCCCGUCAUCUCCCUACUCUUGCUACAACCCCCUUCCCACAACAAGUCAAGCUGGCGGGAUGUGGAGGAUGCAGCGUCAGGGUACGUGAGGCGGGUGUUUGCUGGGAUUAGUUUGGGACGGGCCGAGAGCAGGAGCCGCGCCACAGUGAAAGUGGUCCGCUUUGUCUCCGAGCCCUGGCCAGGGGGUCCCAGUGAUCGUCGCGAAAGCCGGGCUGAUUCUGUGAGGCGCCAGGCCCGCCGCGAAGGCCUCAGGGGAGGGGUCCUACGUAUCGAACACCUCCGGUGAUGUAAAAGCAAGGGCUGGUGGAAAAAUAAGCAGACAGCAAAUUGAAGAAUCAUACAGGAAAUUUAACUGAGAAGGUUUUGGAGGGAAUGAACUGGAAUUUAAGAACCACAUUAGUGGGGAGAAUAUUUGACAUGUCUACAAUAUUUUAACAAAUAUUUUCAAUUUUUCAUCCAAAUAAAGCAUAAACAGGAAAUAUGGAGCCUCUGGAAUCUGCUGCUGGUCAAAAGGGCACUAAGGUGCCACGAGAGAAGAAUCCACUACAAAGGAAGUGGGUCUCAGAUCCCACAACUGGCACCAAAAGAAGCACUUUUGCUGAUCCGGAAGGAAAGAGACACUUGCAACGCGAAGGACAGGGAGUAGGCGAUGCCAGCAGUGGCAGCAUAGCAGGCUCGGCACAAAAGUAUGGCUCUGGGAAGCGCUCAACGAGCAGCCAGUCGUCGCAAGACAAUCCAUACCCUCCACUUUACCCCAGCGCUUAUGCCUACCAGCUGUCACAGUCAUUUCCUCAACAGUCCAUCCAGGACAGGUUCCUGCCAGGGGCAAAGCCACAGCCUAGCUUGGAGGCUCAUCCGUGGCCCUUUGCCAGCCACUUGCCAUCUCUCACCUCAGACGACCUUUUCCCUGCUCACUCCCGUGGUCACGGAGGGGUGUUCCCACGCAGAAAGUCUCCCAGUUUACCCUCUUCCUUCAGCCAGUAUUCCCAGUCGGGUAUUGAGCCACCAGAGGAGGCACACAAGAAGGAACAGAAGCCCAAGAAGCCUGGGAAGUAUAUUUGUCACUACUGUGGACGGGCUUGCGCUAAACCCAGUGUGCUGAAGAAGCACAUUCGGUCUCACACUGGCGAGCGCCCCUAUCCAUGUGUCCCAUGUGGGUUUUCCUUUAAAACCAAAAGCAACCUGUAUAAACACAGAAAAUCUCAUGCCCAUGCCAUCAAAGCAGGGCUGUUGCCAUUUUCAGAACUGGCAGCUACACGCACGGAUUUGGAUCAGGCGUCCUCAGUAGGAGAGGCAGAGGUGCAUUCGGAUGGCGAGCAGAGCACAGACACAGAUGAAGAGGGUACUGAAGGCUCUAUGUACAUGGAUAAAAGCAGCCCUGUCCCCCAGAUAUCAUUUGAAUCUGACAAAAGCACAAUGGAAAAGGGAGGUGAACCUGCCUAUGCAGAUUCAGCUGAGGAACUUACUGUUGCCUCAAUGAAAGUGCCUAUCCUGAUUGUUCCAAAACAGGGCAUCCCAUCCACAGCCAUGGAGUGCCCUCAGUUCACAGACAUUGAGGCAUCUUCCAUUGGCGCUCAGGGUGGAAACAGGGUGGAUGAUUCUCACACCAACAAGCAGAAGCUUGUCCUGAGACUUACUGAGAAGAAAGGCCAGGACUCUGAGCAGUCCCUUAACCUCUUGAGUCCGCACAGCAAAGGCAGCACGGACUCGGGCUACUUCUCUCGCUCCGAGAGUGCCGAGCAGCAGAUCAGUCCACCUAACACCAAUGUGAAAUCCUAUGAAGAAAUCAUGUUUGGGAGGACAUGGUACUACAGGCCGAAUCCUAGACCACGGCAGGCUGUGACUGUAGGGUUGGCGGCUGUUACUGGACAAGACUGUAGUAUAAUUGACUUAAAUAAUAAAUCUGGUGGCAUGCUUGAUUUAGGCAUGAGCAAAAUUUCCGAGGGUCCCAUGGGCCAUCUCUUCUCAAAGGAUGAGAGCCCCAUGAAGCUAAAUCCUAAUGUAUUCUUUAGGGGUGAAGGAGCAGCCCCACAAAUGGUAACAGGCUGCGAUCCUAAACAGCACACUGCAACUAGUACAGGCCUUCUGGAAGCUCCUACUGAUUCAGGACCACUCAUAAGGAGCAACUCGAUGCCAACCUCCUCUCCGACAAACCUCAAUGUCCCUCAAGCUCUUCGUGUAAGCCACUCCUUCGAUGAGAUGAUGAACCCCGACGAUGUCUUCUUCCCAGGUUCGGCAGGCCUCAGAAGGCUCAGGAGGCAGGCUGCUUUUGAACAUUCAGCACAUGAAGGACAUGCAGAAUCUGACAGUUAUGGAAAUAUUCCCAAAAAUUCACCUUCUGGAGCGAUAAAACCUGGGGAGCGUGGCCCUUUCAUGUCAGAGUCAAAAGGUUCAGGGUUAGAACACUCGGGUCUUGAUAUGCGUGUACCUUACGGGUCAUAUGGUAGUAAAGUGGGAAUGACGGAGCCUGUUACAAGGAAACGCAGGAAAGAAAAGAGUGUUGGGGAAGAAGAGGACUGUCCCAGCCAGUAUGGCUGUGACCACAGUGGUUCGGUUGAAAUGCUUUUGUCACCUGCAGAUUAUGAUCCAAAACAAGCCAAUCAGGAGACCUCAAGGGCUACUUCGACAGGGAGAGGACAUAUGUACAGUGUCCACAGCCAGUCAGACAGCUUUGAAACUGCUGCUAGUGUGUCUUCAGAAGACGUAGUGCUUGUUCCGGACACAGAACGAAAGUCUGGGGGCAACGUGAUCUCUGUCAUCCAGCACACAAAUUCUUUAAGUAGACCUAGUUCUUUUGAGAAGUCCGAAUCAAUUGAUCAUCCUUCUUAUCAACAGGAAAAACCUGCUGGCCAGUAUUCAGAGCAGUCAGAUUCUGAGAAUGUAGAGGAAAUGCAAAGUCCAGAUUCUGCCCUAAGAUCUGAAAGCAUGGAGCAACAACAGAGUGACAGUGAACUGGGGGCUGUGCUGCCCAGCCAACAGUACCACAUGCCCCACAAACUGGUACGUCAACCCAACAUUCAAGUGCCUGAAAUCAGAGUGACAGAGGAGCCAGAUAAAUCGGAAAAAGAGCCUGAGGUACCAGUUAAGGAACCAGAGAAACAUGUGGAAGAGUUCCAGUGGCCGCAGAGAAGUGAAACCCUGUCGCAGCUUCCCGCAGAGAAGUUGCCUCCUAAGAAGAAACGCCUCCGCCUGGCUGAAUUGGAGCACUCCUCUGGGGAAUCCAGUUUUGAAUCGACUUGCACCAGCCUAUCCAGAAGCCCCAGCCAAGAAAGUAAUCUCUCACACAGCUCAAGCUUCUCAAUGUCUUUUGAUAGAGAGGAAAGCAUUAAGUCAGUCUCCCCAACUAAGCAAGAAGACUUUGGCAAGCAGUCUGAGUUCUUAACUGUGCCAGGUAGCGGGCAUUCUCUCUCCAUCCCAAGCCAUCACCAGCAGAGGGAGAUGCGACGCUCUUCCUCAGAACAGGCACCAUGUGCCUUGCCAACUGAGAUCCCUGAGAUCCGUAGCAAGUCGUUUGACUAUGGCAGCCUUUCCUCUUCAUCCAGACAAGGAGAAGUCUACACAAGUGCUUCCGCCAUGAAGGAGCGGAAACGGGGGUACUUGGUGCGGCAGGCAUCCCUGAGUGUCUACCCUGAAGCCGUUGUGCAAGAUCAAGGCCUUGAGGCGAAUGUCAAACAGGAGCAGGAAAAUGUACAAAGUGGCCCCCAUGUCACUGGGUGGCAUGGCACACCAUCUUCUUCUGCAGCCAGUGAGGCAGCACGCUCUAGGAGAGGCAUGCCACCAGUCUUAGCUUCACAUCAUAAUCCACUUCAGCAGAGUUUCAGUGAGGACACCCAGCAAGAAGGCUACUUGCACAGCCAGAAAUCAUUUCAUCUGCCAGGCAAACAGCCCUCAGAAAGUGAACAUCACACACAAGAACCCAUGAACCAUGAAGUUAUGCUGUAUUCUUCACUUCAUGGCAGUUUAGCACAACCUCCCUUUCUGCCAUUUCAGCCAGAAUUGUUCUGGAAUCCUGAGUCAUCACAGGGGCAUAAACAGCUCCUUAAUUUACAGGGGCACCAACUGCAGAAGAUACAUAUCAGGCAGCCCAGUCUGCAGUUAGCUCACCAAAAGUCACAUCAGUUGCAGCUCAUUCAAGAACAGGGUGAUGCCAGUGCUGACGGUGCAAGUAGCCACAAAUAUCAGUAUCCUCUAAGAACUGAACCACACCAUCUCUCAUCAAAAGCUUUCUCCACAAGUACGGUGCUUUUGCAGCAAGUCCAGCCAGUCUUUGCCACUCAGCCUGCUGGAUUGCAGCCAUCUCUUCCUGGUAUGUUAGUUCCUGUUAGAAUCCAGACUCACGUGCCAUCUUACGGUAGUGUUAUGUAUACAAGUGUUUCACAGAUCUUGGCUACGCAUGGCCAGAGUACAAGUUCCACAAGGAUCAUAUGCACAGACAACACUUCUCAAACCUCACUCACAGUAACUAGUUCCAAGCAAGGAGGCGGGCUCAGUUUAUCUCAUUUACUUAGUCAUCCAGGAGGACUUCUACGUUAUCCACUUUGGAAAGUCCCUGAACCUCUCCCAGGAAGGCUGAACACUGGGAUUCCUUUAUCUUUGACCUCUGGAACCAUCUCGACCACAGAUGCUUCCUCAAAUAUUGGAGGAAGUAAGCGCAUGCUGUCGCCAGCAAGCAGUCUGGAACUCUUCAUCGAGACUAAACAGCAGAAACGGGUCAAAGAAGAAACAAUGUAUGGCCAGAUUGUAAAGGAGCUUAGUGCCGUUGAACUGAGCAAUUCAGGUGUAUCAAAGGACAGUGGCAAGUCACCAAAAUCAGGCCUCUCUAAGAAUGAUGGCUCGAUUGACUACCAAGAGGGAAUGGUGUCGCCACCUUUAGAUUUUCCCUCGUCUAAAGCACCUUUGCGCAGCUCUGCACCUUACUUACCUGAGGUCCCACCUGCAGAAAGCUUCACUCCACCUCUUCAGAUAGUGAUGGACACUCCAGAUGGUAGAGAGUCCCCAGAGGAGCUGGAUGUUGAUGAGUCCACCCCAGAAGCCAGCUCAAGCCCACAGUCUAUGGUCUCUUCCAGUGACACUCAAGAUGAGACCAAGCCAGGAAGCAAGAUGCCAGUGAACAUGUUGGUGCAGCUUGCAGCCAAUCAUGGAGGAGAUGUGGCAAGCACUCUCCUACUUACGGAUUUGGCCGAUGUCCAGCAGCUCUUUCAGUUCCCAAGCCUCCGCACGACAACCAGUGUCAGCUGGUGCUUUCUGAACUACACCAAGCCAAACUUCACACAGAUGACGCCUCAUACCUCUGUCUAUGCCUCUUGGUGCAUUAGUUCUUAUAACCCCAACCCACCAAGCCUGAACACCAAGACAACCCUAGCACUGCUUCGCUCAAAGCAGAGAAAGAACACAGAGACCUACACCAUAGCUGCUAUGUAUCAACCUGGGACAGGAAAACUUGUGUCUUCGCUCUCAUGGAAACAAAAGUUUGACCAGAUAAAGCCAGAACUCAUGCAGCUGGAUGUGAACAAGUUUGAGAAGAAGAUGAAGGGGGUUGGUUCCAGGGAUAAAGUGAAGGAAGAUGGUGAGAAGGAUGUGUCCUUGAAGCAGGCUGAGCCAACCCGCAUAAAGAUCUUUGAAGGAGGGUACAAAUCCAAUGAGGACUACGUUUAUGUGCGGGGCCGGGGACGUGGGAAGUACAUCUGCGAGGAGUGUGGGAUUCGCUGCAAGAAGCCGAGCAUGCUGAAGAAGCACAUCCGCACACACACUGAUGUCCGGCCCUAUGUCUGCAAAUUCUGUAAUUUUGCCUUUAAGACUAAAGGAAACCUGACGAAGCACAUGAAGUCGAAGGCCCAUAUGAAGAAGUGCCUGGAGCUUGGAGUGUCCGUGACUUCUGUAGAUGAUGCAGAGGCAGAGGAAACAGACAAUCUGGAUGAGAGCCACAGGGAGUCUGGUAAGGCUGGCGUUCCUGGACUCAUGGCAGAACACCAGUUCUCGGACGCAGAUGACUCCGAGGGAGCCGAGGAUGAGGGCGAAGAGGUUGACGAGGAUGACGAUGAGGACGAUGAGUGUGAGGGAGACUCCACGCCAAAGACCCGCUCCCGUAGCACGAGCCCACAACCCUACGGGGUCCCCUCACUGUCCGUCACAGCCGUUGGCGCCUCCUCAUCCUCAUCUGACAUCCUGGGCCCAUCCUCCAAGCCACCCCACUUCAGCUACCUCGCCAGCCUGCCCAGCAUUCAGAUCACUCAGCUGAUGGGGCCUGGUGAGCGAGCUGGAGAGGCUCAGAUGGUGCAAUAUCAAAAGCUGCUCCAGGGGGCAUUGGGUGAGGACUACAAGAGCCGGCUGGAUGUGCCCAGCUCCAUGGAUGAAGACCUGGGCUUGUCACCUGACCACAGCUCCUCAUCUCUUGAGCUGUCUCCAUCACGUCUAUCCUCGCCAGGCUGCGACUCUUCACCCCUCAGGGAAGCCUCGCCAACCUCCCGGCGGUACUUGUCCCCCCGUAGGGACCUGUCUCCGCGGGGCCGCCUGUCCCCACGACGCGAUGCCUCCCCACUAAGGCAUAUCUCACCUCGCAGAGACCUGUCCCCCAGGGGCCACCUCUGUUCUCUUUCUCUGGGGAGGCCAGUGUCCCCCGGGAAGGAUGUCUCCGGUAGACGCGAGCUGUCGCCAAGGAGUCGGCACCGGGGCUUGAUCAGACCUGUGUCUCCGCGAAGGGGAUCACAUCACCACGGUGCCCCCUGGGUCCUGGGACAAUACUUGCAGUCAGAAGCGGUCCCACUGGGACAAAGAAACAGAGGACACCCAAGUGUGGACGUGAAUCAGAAGAAGCACUCCUCACACUUCCAUGGGGAGACACCUGGAGGCCAGGAGGCUCCCAGUGUUCCCCAAGGACUCUUCAGCCACCUUCCCCUGCACUCGCAGCAGCAGGUACGGACGCCGUUUCCCAUGAUCCCCAUUGGCGGGAUCCAAAUGGUACACUCGGUGCCGGCGUCAGUGACGGGCUUGGCGCACGUUGGGCGGCUACCGCUACAGAAGAGCACGUCAGAGGAGUCCGGCAGCGGUGAGAUGCCUCUGCACCUCAUCCCGGAAGCCGGCGGUAAGGUGGCUGAGGACCUGGCCCGGCCGCAGGCUCGGUCGCUGCAGGACGGCGGAGAUGUUGCGGACAAGGACGGUAAGCAGGAGGAUAUACAGACUUGCACCAAUGCCAUCGCCUCACUCUGCAUUGCUUCGGAGGAGCCUGCCGAAGGGUCCCCCAAGUCCGCAGGUCCCCUUUCACACCCUCCUGCAGGUCACCUGGAAAAAACACAGGUCACGAUUCAGCACGUUGGUGGCUCUGAGGUCAGGCAGCCGCUGGUCGGGGCCUUGGCUGGGCCCCCAGACUCCAUUGCUGAGCAGGACGAUCCCACCGGGUCAAAGGGCACGGUGAUGGGGGGGCAUUCUGCCCCAUACAGUGAAAGUGCCAAAGAAAGACAGUUGGGCCAGCAGGCCCAGGGAGAGCUAUCAGUUAACACAAAGAGGGGCAAAGAUUUAGCAGAUGAUGCCAUGGAUAACAGGUGAACAAGACUAAAUGGAGAACGGGUGAAGAGCAAAGGCAUACAUAUAAACCCAGACGUGCACUCACACACACUCACGCGGUCUUUAAAACAAGCAAAGUAAAGAAAUAUUCUGUAGUUUAACAAUAUGUAUAGCAUGCCUUUUAUAACUUGGUUUGCUAUUUUAACAGUUUUCUUCUUAUUUAAAG